AUGAGUAAUAAACUGGCCGUAAUUCAACGAUGGAGCUCCCAAGAAACGAAUAAAUCUUCAACGAAACGGAAGUCGACGGGAAUCGUUACCAACACUCGCAUUACGCACGCAACGCCCGCGGCUUUAUAUGGCCACUCGCCCUCCCGAUAUUGGGAAGACGACUCGAAGGUACCGCCAGCAGCACGGAAGUCCUGUAAAGAUUUGGCAAGGCAACUUAUUGAGAACGAUCCAGGACGGAAUAUAAAUGUUAUAUUGGGGGGCGGUAGAAGACAUUGGAUGCCAAAAGUAGCUCGUGAUCCUGAACAGACGAAAGAAGAGGGUCGGCGCCUCGACGGCAGAAAUUUAAUCGACGACUGGGUUCGAGAUAAGAAAAAGCGAGGCCUAAAGGCCGAAUACGCUUGGAACAAGGGACAGUUGGAAAAAAUCAAUCCUCAUUAUGUCGACUACCUACUCGACGUACUCGCAUAG